AUGCUUACUUCUCAAGGUGAUGCUUUGCCCUCAGGUGGCAUCUCUCUCUUUGGGUUGAAUAACCACGGAAGCCUGAGAAACGGCUUAGGCUCCGGUUUUGAAGAUUCCGGGCGAGGUUGUCAAGAUCUCCACAGUGACCGUCGAUCAUUCAGUCAGGGGGGGGCGGUCAACCCAGGGACUUCCGAAUCACGAUUCGGAACUGCUUCCAGGAGCUUUGCACCGCGCGGUUCUGUUCUUUCUCUGAAUGGUGGGCUGGGUACAACCGGGCAACUCAACGACCUCGAAGGGUUCAAUCGACACUUGGACCCUCCUACCGAUAAUGGUGUGUAUGCCAACCCCCUUCCGGCGGCGACCCUCAGCAAGUUCGAGGCCAUGGCGAAAGUGGCGGGUUUGGAUUCGGCCUCGCAAGUGUUUGCCAUGCAGCACGCUGAGGUCUUUGGCAAGACGAACCGUCACUUGUCUCAAGCUGUCAAACAGGGGCAAAUCCUGAUGGAGGUGAGCAACUUGCGGUCGCAAGUGGCCAAUCUGACCGAGCAGAUCGCCGCGGUCACCGAACUCGUCGAGGCUCUUGUGAAUGCACCAUCCGCGGCUGCCAUUGAGCCUGCCACUAGCGACACGUCGUCGCAAGAUGCGUCAGCUUGGAGUGCCAGUCCCCAGCUCUUGUUGAGCGCGUACACGGCACUCAAGAACCCUUUAGAGGGGUGUCUGCAACAUUCCUUAUUUAAUGUCAUAAGACUCACCAUUGCCAAGGAAGGGUUGGGGUUCACUUCGAAACAUCUUCCCGCCCAGCAUCAAGGAGUCGAAGAGGCUUCUGCGACUAAAAGGUAUUACAGUGCCAUCAAAGACAGCGCCAAGCACGCUAGGGAGAAGGUUCAUAUUGUGGUUUGUGUAUUUGUGGUCUGUCUGUUGGUUUACCAAAUUAACCAAUCCAAUGUGUUUCUGCAGGUCUUGGUAGGUAUCCAUGAUCCGAAAACUGGGGAGGCGGUCGACCUCGCGGUACCAAACAUCAGGUCACUCGUUCAAAGGCGUCGUGAAGCGGCGCGUAUCGUGCUCAAAGGCGGAAAAGGAAGUGAAUCGAUAUGGGGAUGUGUCUACAAGCAAUUAGCCAAUUUGCGCUUGAGAAACGACGAGAAGUACACUAUCGCUUUCUAUCGAAUUAUAUUCGAUGAGGAUUGCCAGUACUUUGAUGGCACCACUUACUUUCAAGACCUCAAGGAGAGGAAGAUCAAUUUAGAUUUACCGUCGGAGGAGGCGGUCAUGGCCCGCGUGGCUCACAACGCAGCUCAAGCUCAAAGUGCUCCUCAACCAAACAACGUGGUAUAG